AUGGCAGAAGAGCUCUGCGGAAUCAUUUCAUGUAUUCUCAAUGAACUUUCUUCUAAAGAUCUUGGCGACAAAAGCAACGCUCGAAAAAGAAAAACCCGAGAGUUUAUUAAAGCUUCAUCAGAAAGUUUAUCGAGAAAUGCAAAUCCAAUUCUCCAAAAUCUUUUUACAAUAGUCAUCGACCUCGCCAAUAGCGGAGGAAGCAACGACACUCAGCUCAUCAGGGUUUUCUCACUGCUGGCAGCUUUUGUUACUAGAAACGAAUUAAUUUCAAGAAUUGAUGAAUUCGAAGAUUUUGAAAAAGGCCAUGGUCAGUCUUUUGGAGACUUCGAAAGAGGAUUUGUGGAACCUAGAAAAAAAGCUGGUGCAGCAAAUAUAGAUUUCGAAAGAAAUUUUAAAUCUGAAUCUGAUGAGUCAAUUAUUCAAGAAUUCCCAAAAUCGCUCAAACCACAAAAAUAUGUUCAGCCGCCUCAGAGACAGCAGGCGGAAUCGUGACAAAAUUACUCACCCAAAGGUGAUAUGAAGGAAUAUAAUUAUGAUAUCCCGAAAUUAGAUGUGACACAAAGUGAUGUUAUAGGGCCAUAUAAAUCGAAUAGGCCUCAGUUGGUAGAUGAGCCUACAGGAACUGUGCAGUGCUGAAAAAUCACAGUAAAUGGGUGUCCUGAAGAUUUAAGACAAUACGUGGAAGCUCAUAAUCAAUUUUUAUUUUUCUUGAAAGGGGAAUGACCCAAGUGUAUUGGUCGAGAACUAGAAGGAUACCCGAGGCCUGAGCUGCCAAUACCUGGGCUAGACAGCAUUUUAGGGUUUGAGUUAGAAAACAACAAUCUUGUCUUAUACGAAAGCGCUUCUAAAUAUGGAACUUGUAAAGUCCAAAUUCAUGAGACUAUAAUUACGAAUUUUGAAAAAAUUUUGAUGGGAGUGUCAAUUUUUGAGUUUCAAAUAGGAACAGAUGACGAGCUUAUAAUUAAGGUCACGACCCCGAAUUUUCCGAAUUCUGAACUGUCAAUUGAGCCGACUGAAGCUGCACAACUAAUUGGGAGGAGCCAUAAAAAUCGAUUAUGUUUUCAUUAUGACCAAAAAAUGUCAAAAGUCCAUGCUUCUAUAUCAUUUAUACCAUAUACUAGUAAUAUAUUGUUAAAAUAAUUAUAAAUUUUCCUAAAUUUCUAUAUGAAUUACUUAUAUUUUGUAUAGAGAAACUCAGAAAUUAAUUAUUUUUGAUAUAAGAAUGAUAAAUGAAUUCUUCAAGAUAGGGGCUCAAGAAAUAAAACAUGGAAAUUUCUCCACACUUCGGAGACCUUGGGGAAGAGGAAAAAUUCCCGAAAAGUUAUGCUUGAUCUUUCUUCAGAUUCAAACCCUUGCCAAUUCUCUUAUAAUGAAAUAUAUUUUUACUGUGAAAAGACACACACCCAUUAA